CCCCGCCCCGCCCCGCCUUCCGCGGCACCGCCCGCCCGCGCAGACCCCGAGAGCGGCCGCGGACGAAGAUGGCGACCGCCAUGUACUUGGAGCACUAUCUGGACAGCAUCGAGAACCUUCCCUGCGAACUUCAGAGGAACUUCCAGCUGAUGCGAGAGCUGGACCAGAGGACGGAAGAUAAGAAAGCAGAGAUUGACAUCCUGGCUGCAGAGUACAUCUCCACGGUGAAGACGCUGUCUCCAGACCAGCGUGUAGAGCGCCUGCAGAAGAUCCAGAACGCCUACAGCAAGUGCAAGGAAUACAGCGAUGACAAAGUGCAGCUGGCCAUGCAGACCUAUGAGAUGGUGGAUAAACACAUUCGAAGGCUUGACGCAGACCUGGCACGCUUCGAAGCUGAUCUGAAGGACAAGAUGGAGGGCAGUGACUUCGAAGGCUCCGGAGGGCGAGGACUAAAAAAAGGCCGGGGUCAGAAAGAAAAAAGAGGGUCCCGGGGCCGAGGCAGGAGGACAUCAGAGGAAGACACACCAAAGAAAAAGAAGCAUAAAGGAGGUGGCAACAGCGUUCUGAGUCUUCCUGCUCCUUCCUGCUCCAAACCUGAAGGCCCCAUCCCGACUGAGCCUUUUCUGCAUGAGAGCAGGUCUCCUGCUGGCCUCUUCCUCACCCAGGGCUGUUUCUCAGGAGUGUGCUAGGUUUGAGGAAUGCAGGCACGGCGUCCUCGCGGUGGUGAAGGAGAUCCCAACUCCCUGCAGGAGUCAGGAUUUCCUCUUGAGGGGUCUGCCCUGCUUGAGACCUCAGGAACAACGAGCACCUCUGCAAACACAGGAAGAUCCCGUGGCCUCAUGACAGAAGCUGUGGGGCUGUGGACUGGCAGUGGGGAGCCGGGAGCUCAGUGCAAACACAGGAAGAUCCCCGUGGUCUCAUGACAAAGCCGUGGGGCUGUGGACUGGCAGUGGGGAGCCGGGAGCUCAGUGCAAACACAGGAAGAUCCCGUGGCCUCAUGACAGAAGCCAUGGGGCUGUGGACUGGCAGUGGGGAGCCGAGGGCUCAGCGUGAACACAGGAAGAUCCCGUGAGCUCAGCGCAAACACAGGAAGAUCCCGUGGCCUCAUGACAGAAGCCGUGGGGCUGUGGACUGGCAGUGUGGAGCCGGGAGCUCAGCGCAAACAGAGAAAGAUCCUGUGGCCUCAUGACAGAAGCCGUGGGGCUGUGGACUGGCAGUGCGGAGCCGGGAGCUCAGUGCAAACACAGGAAGGUCCCGUGGCCUCAUGACAGAAGCCGUGGGGCUGUGGACUGGCAGUGCGGAGCCAGGAGCUCAGCAUGAACACAGGAAGAUCCCGUGGUCUCAUGACAGAAGCCAUGGCGCUGUUGCGUAGCAGUGGAGCCUGGAGCUCAGCACUGCCUGCCGGGCAGGUUGUGGCAGUGAUAGAUGAGAAGAUGAUCACAGAUGGCGACAAGUGUGGGACCCCCGUGGCACUGGGCUGGAUCUGGCUUGUGCGCGAGUCUCUUCCUUCUCUGUGCCCCUGGAUGUCAGUGCUGCUGCUGUCCCGUUGCAAGACGUUGAGACGGGCUGGUGAGGCCAGCUCUGAAGCUUCAGGAGGGACAGGAGGGUAGUGCAGUGUGGUGGGCAGACGGAGGGUCCUGAGGACCCAAAGCCUGGGCCUGCCAGGGUGGGGGUGUGCUCCCGUGUGGCUCCAGGGACAUCCUCCUGGCUGUGUGUGGGAGCCUACCUGUCCCUGGGCUCUGGAAUCUGUGGCACACGUCCCUGUCCCCGUUGGCAUAGUGGGUUUUCACGCCCCUCUUGGUCAUGCUGUGGUGCCAGGCUGUUCUACUUCAAGCCAGGUCUUGUUCUCUGCUCGGGACCCGGGAGUGUGUGCCAUCAUGUCCCUGUGGCCUGCCCUCUCCAGGCCUGUUCCCCGCGUGGCCGGGCCCUUCCUGAAAUGGCAGCGUUCCCAGACUGCACAGACUUCGAGUCUCGUCUGAGAUCCCGUGACCUACGGCUGCCCGUGCACUGCUGCUGCCCUGUGGCCCUGCUCUGGCAACAUGGAACCUGUGUGUGUGGACAAAGGGUGGUGUCACCUGUAGCGCCUGGAAUCCUGGAGUUUGGACAGGCAGGAAGCCAUCGGGCUGGGCACAGGGGUUCGCUGGUGCCUCCUGGUGAGGGGUGCCCUCCACACCUCGGCAUUAGCACAGAGAGUGCAUCUUGCGGCAGUGGUGCCAGAGGGAGUCACGGAGCAGCCGCUGACAACUGGGGUUGCCCCAGCCUGUGCAGGGGACAGGGCUCCCCAUGGCCUCCUGGCAGCCUUCCUCAGGGCCAGUAGCAGUGCUCCCUGGCCACGCACCGUGGUGCUCCCUCAGGUGCCACUGGAGAGGCCAGUGAACCCUCUAUGCUGGCCUCAGCUUCUGGGGUGCCUUUGCUUGGGCCAUCCCCUCAGGCCCCCAGCCCUCUCCCACUGGUGAGCACCCUCGAACCCAGUGAUGCUGAGACGUAGGUCACAUGGCAGCUCAGUCAGUAGGGAUGUCGGGUUGGGCUUUGUAGACAGAAUGAGACUCAGUGCAGAAGAGGAUGGCACCACAGGGAGUCUUUGGGGACUGUUGGCUGCAGAGGGUGCUUCCCUGCUCUCUGCAAAGAGACCGCAGGAGCCCCAUGGAGGAGAAGCCACAGAUGGCAGCCCGGAAUUGGCAGGUGGCUGAGACGUAGACCCUCGGAGCGCUGUCGGAGCAGAGACCCGAAGGCUACUUGAGACGGUUGUUUGACAACAGUGUUGGCAGCACCAGGACGCGGACUUGUGGCAUUUAUGGAUUUCAUAAUACAUAUUUAUAAAGAGAAACCCCCACCUGUUCCCAGACAGAGAGCAGAAGAGCAGAUUACCCGCAAGGCAGACAGGCAGGUGCCCCGUGCCAGAGGGCAGUGGGGAGGCUGGCUGUGUGCUGAGCCUAAGCGCGCGUAUGUGUGUACAUACAGGCAAUUGCAAAGGCGUGGAAAAGCUUUAGACAGGCAUUCAAGGAGAAGCUGAGUGUUGAUUCCCUCUGGGACCCGGACUUCUGCUGCGUGGCUGUCCCUCACUGUGGCUGUUUACCUUCUCACGGCCACGUUCCUGCAGCUAACCUGCCGUGGUUACAGAGCAGCUAGGUAUUCUUGGGUUGGAGUGUGGCAUAGGGAAGAUAUUUUUUCUCUCCGUACUAAUGGGAAUAUACUGUUUAUACCACCUGCAGCUUGUAAGUUUAUUUGAAAAAUACUGAAAUACAAAAGAAUCAGUUUCCUCCAAGUGCCUCCCUUUCAAACGGGAAAGUCUCCCCUGAGGUCUGUGGUGCUGCAGGUGGCAGGCUUGGCGGGAGGUGUGGCCGGGGGGAAACACCCACCAGCCUGCUGUGUAGAAACCCACGUGGGAGCUGGCGGGGACAGGGGUGACAAGGAUGGCAUGUGGUCGGAAGGGGCCCUGCGCCAGGUGGGCAGCUGGGUGGGUGGGGGGUGGUCCGGAGCGUGUGUGGGGAGCUGCUGGUUUUGUGAGUGUUGGGGCAGGAGUGCCUGAGUGGGGUGUUGAGGGCCCGGGCGUAGGACGCACGCUGUUCUGGUGGGAGGAGGUCACGGUUAAGGGAGAGCUGUUGACUCUGUGCGGGCCGUUCUGACACCUGUCAGUCUGGGUUGGGAUGCAAGCAGGCUUCUUUCAAGUGUCAGCCAUCUGCUGGCGGAGGUGACGUGUGUUUGUCCCCGAAGGGGCCGGGGUCUUUGGAGGGAUGGCCUCAGAAGGGAGGUGAGUCCAGAGGGCCCCGGGGGAGUCCCAUCUCGGGGGAGGGACUGAGGUCCCCAGAGUGGGACCAGAGUCCCCGUGCUGUGGGUGAGCGCUGCGCCUCACAGCCUCUCGGGUACCCCCUGUGCCCCCAUGUCCCCACCUGGGUACAUAGGUGGGGGUGAGGUCUCCACCCCUCUGCUGCCAGCUGCUGCUGUUCCUGAAUUUUUGUGGGUAGCAGUGUUCUUUCUACCCUCAGCUGACAGUCUGUUCAUCUCCUUAAUUAUUUUCUUGCUGUGCAUUCUUGGAAGAACACUGCACGGUUGGAGGGGUUAUUGAGGUUUUGAAAUUGUUCGCUCCAAGAAGGAAACAUCCAUAAGGUUUGUGCUCAAUCAGUGCAUGACUUCAGUGGCAGGCCCUGGGAAUUGCUUUCAUUUCUAAAGGAUAAUAAGAAAAAUGGAAGCAAGCUUAUUUGUUAUGUGUAGCUCAGAGUUCAGUAUAGAUAUCCCCUUUGGAAUAAUCAUCUUCGCAGCUCUGGGGUGAGGGGACCCUGAGCCAGAGGCAGAAGGGCCUGUGCUGUCUCACUUCCCGCCAUGGCCGUCAGCGGUGCCUCCCCCUCCCGCAGGUCUGAGUUCACUGACGCCAUCCUGUCCGUGCACCCGUCCGACGUGCUAGACAUGCCCGUGGACCCCAACGAACCCACCUACUGCCUGUGCCACCAGGUCUCCUACGGGGAGAUG